UAUUAUUAAAACUAUUGUUACUAUUAUUAGGUUUAAUGGUAUUAUUAGGUUAUCCAUUUGGUAUUGUUUUGAUAUUACAAGCUUAACAUUUAUUUGUAUUUCUAUUCCAAGUGUAAGUAUAACCUGAAGUUUUAUAGCAUUCUUAUUGAUUCAAGGAGAUUGGAUCAACAUUUGUACAUACUCCUGAAAUUACUUUACAAACAAAUUAUGAAUCACCAUCAAAAGUUAAGUAAUUAGAACAAACGCCAUGUUAUAAUUAAUAAGUUGAACAUUUAUGAUUUUCACAUUAACCAGAUGAAUUCCAAUAACAUUUAGAUUUAGCUUUUAAACAAGCUUCUUCAUCUGAAUUAGCAGAUUAACAAGAUGUCAUUAAAGAACAAGAGUCAUUAGACCAAAAACAGAUUCCAUUUAAUCCUCUUGUAUUACAAGCAAUUUUAGUUUUGUACUCAGAACAUAAUGACCAUUUAAUACAUGUUUUUCCAUCGAAAGUACAAUUACCUUAUAGUUCAGUACAAUUAAUGAGACUUGGAUCAGGAAUAUUUGAACAUUCUCUUACUU